UUUCCCUUGCUCGAUGCUCUCUGCCCUUGCAGGUAGUAGCGCCUUCCAGUUACUGGAGUACAACCAGCCGGGCGGGCGGGCCAGCGAGCCCGGGUUGUUUCUCUCUGCGGAGCUCCAGCGCUCCCAAGCGGCCGCACAGCUGGCCCACGCACAACAGUCAAAGCUCGAAGCUGCCAGCAGAGAUGCGCACAUCCACCUCCAGGCCAGGACCGGGCGCCGAGGAGGGCUUCGCAGGCGCCGACGCGGCAGCACCACCACCACCACCACCGGACCCGCGGCAUCUCGACACCGCUGCGGAGCACACAGCAGUGCUGCCAGAAACAGCAGCAGCAGUCGCGGCAGGUAUGCUGGGCGGCGCUGCUCGCGCUAAGACGUCCACUCCGCCGUUGGCGGUCGGACUGGGCGGAUGCGGUGCAGGCGCCGAUCUCCCCGCCGAAACCGGCUGCGGCGGCAGCAGCAGCAGCAGCAGCGCAGGUGGAGCCGGGGUUGAGUCGGUGGGCCUGAGGCGCCGACGGCCGCAGCAACCACUCGAGCAGCAGUGCGAACGGGAGCGCGAACGCGAACUUUGCGGUGCCAUGAGUCGAGGCAGCCUAGACGAGGCCGUGCAGCAGCAGCAGCCGCACGCGGCUCUGUCCGGCGGCAGUCCACGCAAGGCCCCAGCGGCCUUCGAGGCCGGAGCUGCGGUGGCAACGGAGCCGCAGCACCGCCACACGCGGCGGCACCCGCAGCAGUUUCAUCCCCAGCAGCAGCAGCAGCAGCAGCAGCAGCAGCAGCAGCAGCAGCAGCAGCAGCAGCAGCAGGCGCUGCUGCUGCUGCAUGACGCCCUGUCCUUCGCCCUCGAGUUCUCCCUGCUGGGCCUGGCCACCCUGGCACACAACCUGGGGACCGCAGCCGGCUGUAGCAGCAGUGGCGGUGUGGGCGGCGGUAGUAGCAGUAGCAGUGACGGUGGCAGCAGCAGUGGCGGGUGCGGCCCGGUGGGGCGACUGGACGCGGCGGCGAUGGCGGGGUUCCCGUGCGCGGCGGGCAAGACCGUCAAGAUACUCUACACGCUGUGGCACCUGCGCGGCAACCUGCUGCACGCACUGGCCCGCCGCGACCUGUCCGUGCUGGCCUUCAGCGGCGCGCUGGCGGCGGCGGCGGCGGCCCUGGCGCUGCGGCCGGGGCUGUACUCGGCGCACCGACACGCGGUCGUGCUGGCCGUGCGCGCCGCCAUGGCCGCCGGCAACACCGCCGCCGCCCUCACCGCGCCCGCUGCCUGCCUGGCCGCCACCACCGUGCCCUACUACAUACCCCCACACGCCCUGGAGGCGGCGGAGGCGGCGGCCGCUACAGUGACGCCGCCAGCCGCUGCCGCUGCCCUCACUGCUGUCACUACGGGCCUCACUUCGCUUGGUGGCGGCGGCGGCGGCGGCGGCUGGGUGAAUGUGGGUCUGCUGUACGUGGCGGCCAAGGCGGUGGUGUGGGGCCGGGUGCCGCUGCGGCUGCAGCUGCUGGCGGGACUGCUGGAGUUCGUCAACGGCUGCUGGGUGGGACACGUGGCGGCGCGGCGGCUGUACGGCGACGUGGCGGCGGCGGCCGUGCUACAGCCGGCCCCGCUGCUGCUACAGCUGGCUGCCUACUACCUGCUGCCCUGCUGCCUGGUGGCGGCGUGCGAGGCGGGCGCGGCGGCGGCGGCGCGCAGCCACAGGCGCCUUCACAGCACAGGCGGCGGCAGUAGCAGCGCCAGCAACAGCAGUAGCACCGGCCUCCGCUCCAGCGUUGCUUCGGCGGCCAGUGGCUUCGCAGCUGCCCAGCAGCAGCUGCAGCAGCUGCAGGCGCAACAGCGCAGGUCUGUCAUAACCGGACAGGGCAGCAGCAGUAGUGGGACGAACGGCAGUAGCAGUGCGGGCAGUGGGGCCAGCAGGGGCGUGUGGGUCCGAGGCGUGACCAACAUCUCCUCCGUCACCUCAUCCUCCGGGGACGCAGACGCCGCCUUCAGCUCCUCCUCCUCCUCAGCGGCCCACAGCGCCGCCGCCAGCCGCAGCGGCAGCGCCGGCGACAGCUCCGGCGAGCUGCGCCCGCUGCUGCUGCUGGCCCCGCGGCGGCAGCAGGCGGCGGCGGCGGCGGGGGCCUGUGGUGUCAUGGUCACGGGCGCUGGUGGUGGUGGUGGUGUGAGAUCCGCUGCAAGCGGGAAUGCCGAUGGCGGUGCCGGUGCCGAUGGCGGCGGUGUCGGCAGCGGUGGUCACGCGCAACAGCCGCUGCAGCCGCUGCAGCCGGCGCGGAUGGCGGCGCUGCAGGCUUCUGCUGCUGUGCCGUCGGCCCCCGCCUCCAUGGCAGCUGCUGCUGAUGGUGACACGCCGGGCGGCGGCGGUGCGGCGGCAGCAGGCACAGCGCCGCUGCAGGAGGCGGCAGUAGCAGCAGCAGCCGACACAACCCCGAAGCCGCCGCCUCGCCGCCUUGGCACGUCGCCGCCUCCGCAUGCAAGGCCGCUACUGCUGAUGAGGAGCCAGCUGACGGCGGCGCAGCUGUUGGCGCACCACCACCACCAGCAGCAGCGGCAGCAGCAGCAGGGUCUGAUGCUGCGGCGCCGGCGCAGGCUGGUCGAGGCAACAGAGGUGGGCGCAGAUGAUGCGGGUGCUGCUGCUGCGACUGCUGCUGCAGCUGUGGCAUUGGCGGCGGCGGCCCGCAGCCCGGCACUGCCGCGGCACCCUGCGCCAUCACCAACAUCGGUGUUGAAGUACACACCCCUCACGAGCUGCAGCGUUGUCAGCGUCAAGGUGUCGGCUCGCAACGGCCCGCUUCCGUUCGCCGAGACCGCACAGCAGCUGCAGGCGGCCGCGGCGGCGGCGGUGGGGGUGGGCAGCACGCCGCUGGCGUCGAGUGAGACCACCACUGCAGCGGCAGCGGCGGGGGUUGCGGCGGCAGGCGCGGCGGCCGCGCAGGCCACUCGGCUGCUGCGGCGCUGCAGCGCUGUGGUGGUGCGCGGCUGUGUGCACCUGCUGGGAGUGGUCGUGCAGCUGAGACUGCCACAGCCGCCGCCGCCGCCAGCAGCAGCAGCAGUCGCUUUCGGUGGCGGAGGCGGAGCGCGAGCAGCAGCCGGUACCGCCGGAGCCGGAGUCGGAAUCGCCGGGGCUGAGAGGCCGGGCACACCGCCACUGACUCCCGCACCGGGCAGUAGCGCACUCCGCGGUCGUGCACCGGCACUGGGUGCCCCGCCUUCAGCAGCCGACUCUGACACGCCACCGGGCCCAGCAGUAGCAGCAUCCGACCCAGCAGGCGGCAGCUACAGCCACCUCCCACACCACACCCAGCCCAGCAGCGCCCAGCUGCUACAGCCGCCGCCGCUACAGCCACCGCUACAGCCGCUCCACGUGGAGCUGACCUCCCUGGAGGAGCUGGCGGGCGCCGUGGAGCUACUGCGCCGCCACGUCGGCAGCAGCGUGCUACAGCAGCAGCCGCCACAUGACACGGCAGAGGCGGCUGAGGCGGCUGCUACAGCUGUGGCGGCGGCGGCUGUCGCCGGCGCAACAAAAGAUGUUUCGACGGCGGCGACGCAGCCCCUGCUGCCGCUGCUGCCGUGCUUUGCGCUAUCGCCGCCUGCCAUAUGCGUCGCUGUAACCGCCGGCGCCGAGGGCUGCACUACAGCGGAGGCGGAGGUGGAGCUGGAGCUGCUAGGUGUGUGGCCGAAGCCGGCCGGAGCAGCGGCGGCAGUAGCAGCCGACACCACUGCGGGGGACGGCGCCACUACUGCCGCCGCCGGCAACAGCGGCGGCAGUAGCCUUGCAGACGCGGAUGCGGACGCGGACGUGGAGGAGCCCGUGCCGCCGUACCCCUACCCCUACCCCUACCCCUACCCAUGUGACAGUAGUGGCCGGAGCAGCUGCAGCGGCGAGGGCGGCAGCAGCGUCCUGGGAGGCAGCCGCGAGGAGGCGGUGGGCGCGCCGGCGGCACAGCGCACCGAGUCAGACGCCACCGCCUCACUGACCAGCGGCGGCGGAGGCGGUGGCGGCGGCGGCGGCACGACACCCGCAGCCGCUGUGAUUGCAUCUGCUGCGUCGGCAGCCUCGGUGGACAUGGCAAAAACGGCAGCGAACACGGUGCAGCCGCGGCGCAAGGACGGUGCCAAUAGCACCACUGCUGCCGCCGGCUCGGCCGGCUGUGAGCCUGCGGCGGAGGCUGGGAUGGCGGAGCUGGCUGCUGGUGCAGGCACCGCUGCUGUGGGGCGGCGGCCGCUUGAGCCACCGCCGCCGCCACCGCCGCCAGCGGAAACGACGGCGACAAAGACUGCUGGCGGCGCCGCCGGCACCGGCAGUGGCCACAGCAGCUGCGGCGGCACGGGCUCACGGAGCAGGCAGGUCCGGCUGGUUCUGGCCACCACAGACAGCGGCGGCGGUGGCGGCGGCUGUAGCAACGAUGCAGCCGCGGCAGCUGCUACUGCCGGCGGCGGCCAAGGCCGGGUGCUCCUGGACCAGGUGGUGGACAUGACGCGGGUGGGCGGCGGCGGCGGCGGCACUGGUGGUGGCGGCGGCGGCAUCGAGGUCACUUCUACAAGGCUCCGCUUCCCGGCGCCCCUGCGCGCCGGCCUGUGCCACCUGCACAUACUGCUGCCGCCACCGCCAUCACAGCCACCGCCGCCACCCGCCGCCGGCGCCGCCCCUUCCACCAGUGCUGCAACCUCCGCAUCCCCAGGCGCCGCCGGCACUGCUGACGAUCAGUCGCCGCUGACUGCUGCAGGCGGCAUGGGCGGCGGCAGCAACACUGGCGGCAGCAGUAGCGGCAGUAGUAAUCGGCCGCUGGGCACACUGCCGCUGCUGGUGAUGCCGUCCGCGGCUGCGGCCGCCGAGCUGCGGGAGCUGAUGGCGGAGGCGGAGGCUGCGGCGGCGGAGGAGCAGUUGGGGGCUGACGCGGCAGCAGCUACUGGUGCUGGGGCUGGGACUGCCUCCGUGGGGGAUGCAGCCCCUGCCGCUGCCGCUUCUGCUGCUACUGCCGCUUCAGGGUUCCCCGCCACUGCUGCUACAGCCGCUGCAGCCUUCAGCCGGCUUUUCGUGCCGCUGGCGUGCGACCUGGGCUACCUGCUGGGAUGGCUGCAGCAGCAGCAGCAGCAGGCGGCUGUAGCACAGGCGGCAGUAGCAGCUGCAGGACAGGCGGCGCAGGAGACUCAGGCGGUGGCGGUGCUGGCGCAGUCGCUGCUGUCUUAUCUGCACGGCUGCGGCGCGUGGGCGUGUGUGGAGGACCUCGUGGAGCGGCUGGAGGUGGCGGCGGUGGCUGCGGCGGGCGGGGCUGGUGCUACUGCCACGGGGGCUGCUGCUACUAAAGCGACGCCCCUUGCAGCGCUGGCUGCAGUUGCACGCGAGUACCGGGCCCUGCUGCAGCAAGCGGAGGUGGAGGCGGAGGUGGAGGCGGAGGUGGAGGCGGAGGCACAGCGACAGCGGGAUAACGAGGUUGCAGCGGUCGAUGCUGCUGGGGCCGGCGCUGCCAGGGCUGGGGCGGCGGCGGCUGCACUGGCCCCCGCAGGCCAGGGGUUGGAGGCCGAGCGCAAAGCGGCGGCCGACGGCUGGGUGGCGGUGCCGGCGGCGGCAAGCCACCCAGCACCACACCACAACCACGACCAGCAACACCACCGCCAGCGGCAGGCGGCGCAGCCAUCUCCGCAGCUGGAGGAGGAUGCAGAGCCGAGGCCGCCGCCCCCACUGGACAGCCCCGUCGUGCAGCAGCCACCGCCGCGCAGUCCGCCCGCCGCCCCGCCUGCUGCGCCUGCGCCUGCGCCUGCGCCUGCGCCCGCCCCCUCCUGCUCACCAGCAGCUCAGCCGCCGCCGUGCCCCGCCGCGCCGCAGCUGCGCCUCGUGCGGGCGCCGCUGGCCCUGCCUCAGGCAGCGGGUGCCGCGGGUGCGGCGACGGGUGUCACGCCGUCUGCUACAGCCUGUGCGGCGGCGGCAGUGGGCGCGGCUGCAGCAGCGGCACUGGAGGCGGCGGCGGCGCUGGGGGCGCGGCCGCCGCCGGCCCGUCGGUGAGCUGCUGUCGGAGUGCUGGCGCCGGCGGUGGCGGCAGCAGCACCAGCACCAGCAGCAGCAGCGGCAUUCCGCUGCUGCUGGGAGGCGGCGGCGGCGGCGCGGGAGCGGACUAUGCUGCUGCCAGGGGCAAUGGAUUUGGAGGUGGAGGUGGAGGUUGAGGUGCUGGUGGAGGUGGGGGUGGGGGAGGUGGGGGGGGUGGCCGAGUGAUGGGGCAUGCACAGUCGCCUGAGAUGUAGGCAUGCUAAGAAUAACUAGACCUGGUUGAUGGCUAGAAAUGAAGUGGUAGCUAGGUUCAGAUUAGGUUCAGGCUAGUAGAUAGGCCUGCUGGUGGAUGUCGUGACAUUGUGUCGUUGCCCAUUGCCCACGGCGGCUGACUUGCAGCUGCUUGAUGAUGUCGCAAAGCACCGCACGCAAGCACUCAGUGUUGCAACGGAGGGGACAGCAGUGGGGUUCGUGUGUAAGUGUUGGCAAAGGGCUGGGUACGUAGCUCGGAUUGUGAACGCGAGCUAGUACUUGGCGCGGUGUUGGCUGAAGAGCAUCCGCCAGCUCGCACGCUGCACACAGGGCAGCACGCCCGCACGGGAGCGGUGUGGCUUGCAGGGGGCUAGAUGGGUGCGGUGUGAGCAACAGUAGCAAGUAGCAAGGCCAGGUCUGUUGCGUGUUCGUUGCAAGUAAGGCCCAGUUGUCCGCCAGUAGUGUGCGCACGCACCAAGGCGCUGUUGACAAGACAUAUAGAUGCGCAAGAAUAUGAAAAGCUUGCCGUGAGGAGGUGAAGGAGGCGGCAGUAGUACGGCAGCUUGAAGUGACCUUUAGUUUUAACCAAUCAUAGGCUGCAGGCGGCGGUAGCGUUAAGCGUUUGUUCAGCGUUUGUUGUUGACCCUGACCCUGCAGCGCACACGCAGCGGAAUCCAGGCGUCACCUGCGAGCAGCGGCGGCAGGACACCACCACCAGCACAACGGCACAUGGGACAGCGACGUAUAUACCUGAUGAAUGCGGCGGCGAUGUUGUGGCGGCCGCGGACAGGAUGACAUGUACACAGAAGAAGAGAUUGCUGCUGCUGUUGAUCGGGGCAGGCGAGUAUGGCUGGUGUGGCUAGCUGGCGUGUGGGUAUGGCCCAUGGUGCGUCCGGGGGUUCGGCGCUGGCGACUGAGCAACACACGCCACGGCACAGCAGCAGCACGCCCGUCACGGAGGCAGGGGAGUCGGGGUAGUCGGGGUCGUGGUCGGAGGCCGAGUGAGCACUGCCUCCAUGGUGGCGCUGUUUGUAGCGUUGGUAUGUGUGUGUGUGUGGGAGCGGGGCGGGGGAGUCCCGCGAGCACGCCAGGUAACCCGCAACGUGGGGGGCCAGUGGGGUUGGCGUGGCACUAAUGUGGCAAGGGCUGCAGAGCUGAGCUGAGCCGGAUGGAUGGGUGUGACGCUCCACUGAGC